AUGUUCCAGCUUAGGCAGAUUGCUCGUCAGGGCGAUCGGGUAAGAUUGAGCUUAUCCCCAUCUUUGCGCCAAUUCUCCAACAGUCGUGCGAUAUCUGCCGAAGGUCAGAACCAACCAUCUGGCCCCAGUGAUUCAAAAACGCGCCAGACUGCAACAACCCCUCGCAAAUCUCGCCCAGCGAACAAGCCACCGGGAUCUCCCGCCCAGAACCGACCUCGCCCUGCUCGCGUACUUGAUGCUAGGUCUUUCGCAGCAACAAGUGCUAGUGGUGAGCAACCCAAGGUCAUCCGCAAGCCUUGGCUGCGAAACGCUCGAGGCGGAGUCCAGACCAAGGGCAAGCCUAAACCCGCAGCAAAGAAGGCUCGAAAGCCUCGGUCUCGAGGCCCCAGAACUUUCGAGUCAGAAGAUGGAGAAGAGCUGACUGCGGCUUCCAUUGAACAAGUUGAAAAGGAUCAAAUUAUGAAGGCUCGCCCCACUCCUAUCCGCUACGAGCCUAAAGAUAUCGAUUUCUCUACGCUCAAGGAAACAUGGCCCUCACUUCCCACAAGUGUGAAUGCUCGAUCCGCUGCCGUUCUAGAGAAGCUUACCUCGUUGAGCGGGCGCUUCCCCAACGGAUACGUUCCCCCUUACGAGUUGGGCAGAAGACUCUGGAAUGGCCAGAAUGUACUGUUCGAGAGUGAGACUGAAAAGGCAGAGGCUCUGGAAGAGGUCAAGCGACUGUCUCAGGCCCGUGCUGACAAGAUUUCCCAGCGGACGGGUGAUCUUGUGGAGCCGAGCGAGAUCACGUUUAAUGCGGUCAAUGCGAAGGAUACUAAGAUAUUGCUGGAAACACUCGCCCAGGGGAAAUACCCCGGUCUGGAAGGAGGCAAAACCCAGCCUUCUGUUUUCGAAAAUGUGAUCAAGAAUCUUCGCAACAAUGGUACAUAUGAGACUACGGGCAAAAGACCCCAGUUUCUGGCAAAAGUCGAGUCCCUAAUCGCGUCCAGUCGUAUCAAGCGCAACUAG